AGCAGAGACAGGUUGUCUCUGUUGACAGGUCAGGUUGCAGGUUUUCAGACUCAGAGCCAUAUGUUUCAGAUUAGAAGUAUAUCGCCCUAUACAAAAUAGUGAAAUGUCUUCAAAAGUUACUUUCAAAAUCACUCUAACAUCUGAUCCGAAAUUACCAUUUAAGGUAUUGAGUGUUCCUGAAAACACACCGUUCACAGCUGUCUUAAAAUUUGCAGCUGAAGAAUUCAAGGUUCCACCAGCAACUUCUGCGAUUAUUACUGACGAUGGGGUAGGAAUUAACCCGCAACAAACUGCUGGUAACAUAUUUCUUAAACAUGGUUCUGAGUUGAGACUUAUACCUAGAGAUAGAGUAGGAUGUAUUGAAAUAAUAGGUAUAUAACGACUGAAGAUAUAUCAGUUUGUAACAUGAUAGAUUUUACAAUUUUUCCAUCAGUUUUCUGUUCAUAUAUUUUAUUAUGAAGUUUAUAAAUAAAUUCUAGAAUCAUGCAUUGAUUUCUUCAGGGCAUGAUUCGUCAAAACA